AUGUUCGCGUUCGCAUGCACGGUAUUCGCUUCCGCCGCCGCCACGAUCUCCCACGCGGCAGCUCGACUUGCAGGUGGAUCCCAACCUCUCGCCGACGCACUUCCGGAGGACCAGGACGCUGGAAUCCCGGAGGACUCUUCUUUUCUUUCUUGCUCGGAGCCGGAAUACGACGACGACGCUUCGAGGCCGGAGCACGCCGUUGUCCAGACCGACGGACGAGGGUAUGUACCGGAUGGGUACGUGCUGAGAGGCACGAAGGAGAUGGCGGUGAGGGAUGAUGAGGUGAUGGAGGUGAUGGAGGCGGUGGAGAUGGGGAUGGAGUGGGUGGAGUUGGCUGGCGUGGAGGAGGUGCGCGUGGAGAUGGCGGAGGUGGUGCAGGUGCAGCUGGCACGGGCGAGGGUGGUGGAGAUGGGCGUGACGCAGGUGAGGGCGGUGAAGCCGAAGAAGUUGUCUUGGUUCCCGUCGGCGGCUCGGUUGGCGGUGGCGACGAGUGUGGAGGUCCAGGCGGGACGUGGAGAGAUGGCGCGACGUGGUACUGGUGUCAGAGCGGCGACGACUCUCACCGGACCGAUGAUCAAGCCGGAGAGGUCGGAGAGCAGUGGGCUGGGUGUUGGAGUGGGGAGAGCGGAGUGGCGGAGGUGGUAA